AUUCCGCACGCUACUUCAAAGUGUUUCGGCAAUUAUAUACAUUCACAGUCAUGUGACGUUACAAAAUGGAGACAGACGGUUGAAGAAGUUCGGGAACGGUGUACAACUGAGGGACAAGUAAAAUGGAGAUUAUAAGUGUGCAAGUGUUAAUUUUAUUUGGUUUAUUUUUAUUAACUGUUAUAAUAGGACUUUUACCACUCAAGAUCGUUAGUUACAUCCGAAAACGGAGUGGCAGUAGUGUAGAUCUGCACAAACAGAUUGUGUACAAGCGAACGAUUAGUUUACUGAACUGUUUCGCUGCGGGCGUUUUUCUGGCCACAGUUGUGCUUGACCUAUUACCUGGAGUGCGGAGUAGUUUAACAACAGCAUUGAAGGCCCUGAAACUCGACACACAGUUUCCGAUUGCCGAGUUCGUUAUGAGCUUUGGUCUCUUUGUCAUUUUGGGAAUUGAACAAGUUGUUUUAACCUACAAAGAAAACCAAAUAAAAUACGAAGAAUCUGUAAAAACGCCUCUUUUGGCAAAUGCUAAUGAUAUACUUGAGAGACAGCAAAGUUUGACAGAGUCAGUCAGAAGUGAACAUUCAAUUUCUGGGAUAACUGAUAAACCCGUUCAGAAUUCUCGAGGAAGCUCCAGGUCACUGGAUAAUGGUGCAGCACUGUCAGAUGAUGAGGAACACAGUGAAUCACACGGACAUUCACAUGAAAUAGAAUUCCCACAUGAACACUCCAUGUUGAGAUCUUUGCUCUUGUUGCUGGCGCUAUCGUUACAUUCCUUGUUCGAGGGUUUAGCUGUGGGACUACAGGAAGAAACCGAUCAAGUCAUCCAGAUCUUUGCAGCCCUGGCUCUCCACAAAAGCAUUCUUAGUUUCAGUUUGGGAAUGAAUGUUGCUCAAAGUAAAAUGACAUUGAAAGGAGCAAUAAAGUCCGUCUUACUGUUCUCUAUUUCAGCUCCUAUUGGUGUGGGCAUUGGGAUCGGGAUCAUUCGAUUGUGGGAUUCAAAAGCUUCCAAUCUAGUUCAGGGAAUCUUACAGGGCAUUGCAUGUGGAACAUUUUUAUACAUUACAUUCUUUGAAGUCCUACCUCACGAAUUCAAUAAUUGUGACUCCAGGUUGUUAAAAGUAAUAUUUCUACUUCUUGGAUUUGCUGCAGUGACUGCCAUUGUUUACUUUCAUCAGUGACAACUAUACAUGUAGGCAAUACUGGUUCAAUAUUAUGGUUCAAUUAUCAUGAUGAAAAGAAUUCAAAAUACUUUUAAACAUUUAUUGAAAUGGACAACCCAAGUCAUGCAUUUUUUCCUCACAAUCACAAUGUACAUGUAUAAUCAUGAUAAGUAUGUGCAGUAUGGAUCAUGUGAUGUGAGAAUGAAAAUGCUAUACAGUGUAAUACUUAAUUGUGAGAAAAAAUGGGUCAGGGUAUUGAUGUGAAACAAUAAGCCUCUGUUCAGGCAUCACCAAGUUCACUUUUAUUCAUCACGAGAUCAAUAAAUCUGCUGCCUUAAUGGAGAUGGGGGGGAUCCUAAUUGAAGUUUUCUUUCUUUUUAUCCCUAUUACAUAAUAACAGAAUAAAGGAACAAAGUUUGAAAAAAGUAACAUUUAUAUUUUUGGGUCACUCCUGAUAAUCAAUUUCUCUGUAUGUUCAGUGCCUUAAAGGAUACAUUAGAGAUCAACACAAUAUUUUCAUCAUAUAUAUAUUUUACACAUAAUUAUUUAAUCCAUCAAAUAUUUUUCUUAGCAACUUUUUUUCCUUUAUGUACCAUAGUUUUAUUUCUGUCUAUGUAAGUCUUUAUUUGGUGAAUUGGGUCAGACAAAACCCAAAGCAUGAAGGGUAAACCCUGAUGCUUAUGUUUACUAGUUUCUGGUUUUUGUGUUUUUUUAAUGUAUACAUUUAUCCGUUAACCAUUCUAAAUGUGUACGUUUUUCUAUGAGUUUGAAAUGUAUACAUUUAUCUGUUAACCAUUCUAAAUGUUUACAUUUUUCCAUGAGUUUGAAAUUUAUUUACCAAUUCAUGACUUCCCACAAGCUUACUGUUUUUUGAUUGUUUUUAUUUGGGUUUUUAUAUGUUAGGCCAUUCGAAGUUUCUUCUAUGUUUAGCAUCCGCGUGCCCCUUGGUUUUUGACAGCCCAUGUCAGAAAAAACAAACAGAAUCAGGAGUCUGAAAAUUAAUUAUUCAGGUCAAAAUUUGUGAUUUCCGGCAAUAUCUCUAAAUAUUUAUAUAACAUUUCAUUAUUGGAAUAGUUUUAGUAUUUAAUAUUUUGAUUUUGCUGAAGAAAAUAACUUUCUCUAUGAAAAAUAGAUAAAUGAAAUCAUAUCUUUUGAAUUACGUCAUUCUUAUUACUAUGGAAUAUGGGUUUUAUUUUUUUUUGACUUGUGUGUUUUUUGCGAAUAGGUAGCUAGGUUUUCGAAAGAUGGGUGGACGCUAAGCAGAGAAAAAAACUUGGAAUGGCCUUAUUUAUAUAUCAUAUUAGAAAAAUGCUUUUUUUGUCAAUUGUACAUUUAGCAGUUGACAUAUGCCUUUACCUGUAAAAUGUACCUGUUAUCAGUGGUUAUUGAGGCAUUUAUUAUAAUAAUAUUCCACCCAUACUUGAUGCUGAACAGCUGAUGUUUUAGUCACAUGGGUUAUAAAAUGAUCUGUUAAAGGAUUUAUUUUUUAGGCAAUAAAUUAUUCUAUUUUACUUGUUAUGCAUGAAUACUAUAUACUGUUUUCACUUUAUGGUAAUAAAGUAUUAAAUUGUAA